AUAAUUGAUGGAGAUGAUAUUUAGAAUUGUUACGGCCAUUGUUACAGCUGUAACUAAAUUAGGAUAUUAUCUAUUGUUGCCUACUGUUCCAUAAAAAUAUACAGGUUGUCUAUUUGUGAUGCGGAAGGAAUAUGUACAGGGCUGAUAAAUAAUGAAGACAUUUUCUGUGUGAUUAUGGAUUUUUGUGUAUGAUUAUUUCAAAGCGUAAAAUUGGGAUGUGUAAAUUUACUAAAUUUAAUGCAAAAAUACUUACAAAUUUGCAGAAUAUUGAAUGAAUAUUCUAAAUAUAGUUUUGUUUGACGAUACUAUUUUGUAAUGGAAAGUUAAGGAACUGUUGAACCAAAACAUGUAUUUACAUUUAGCUGAAGGAGUAUCAGUCUAAAAAAUGAAAAAAAAAAUUGUAGUUUUUCACCAUGUUAUAUAACCUUUAAAAAUUGCUAUGUAAAGCAUUUUAACAGAAUUUACAAGACUUCUUGAAGAGAGACAUUGUAUGAUAUUGGCAAUGUACAAACUGUACAUAAGGGUGAACUGUUAGGAAUGUGUUUGCAGACUUAAUAUAAUAGAUUUGUAUUUAUGCAGUGACCUCUCCAUUUGAACAGUUACUUUUAGUAAGCUUAAUCGUAUAUAGAUAUAGGCCUUCAUGUGCAUAAAUAAAUAUUGAAGUACAAAUUAACACAUACAUGCAAAUUGAAUGAUGGAUCUGUAUACAUUGUUCAAUGAUCCAAGCUUUAUGAGUGGGAAACAACAGUUCAAUUUGUUUAUAAUAAGGAAGGCAAACUUUUCAAUUAAUUAAAAUUGAUUACUAUAAUUGGCUUUCUGUAUGUUGUAAUACAGAGCAAAGAUAUAUCAUAUUUUUAUAUGAUGGAUGGGGUAUAGGAAGGACAAAGUUUAAAAUAGUUUUAUUACUUUUAGAUAAAAGCUUGUAUGUAUGGGAGCCAACUUCUGUAUAAAACAUCUGUGAACAGUUAUUGAUGAAUAUAUGACUUCUGAACAAAAAAUAUUACAGUUUUAUUUCCUUUACUGAAAACUGGAGAGAGUAACCUUAUUUUGGUAAGGGAGACAAUUGAUGAAUUUUUUUUCUUCCAACACAUUUGUGUAUUUGAGGGAUUUAUCAAAACUAGCUUAUAGUUUUGUGAUUUUGGUAUUAAGAAGUGAAGGAACUCUGUAAGACCAUGAAACGUGGAGAAAGUAAAUCUUCAAGUAGCAGUUUAGAUACUGAGCCAAAACAGAUGAAAAAGCUGUUCUGGGCUGGAUGGAGGACGAGUGUAGAGAUAGAGAUGCCGGCAGGUUCAAGCAGUGAGACUGUUGGAAAUCAUAGUGCAUACAGUCAUGGCAGCUCCAACAGUCAUAGUACAGCAAAGUCACGUAUGAGUCGUGGCACAGAUGCCUGGUGGAGUGUCCGAGAUUUCAUACAACCGGAAAUAUCUAACCCGCACUCGGUAUCAUUCAGUAAAGCAAAUGACGAUGACACGUGGGAUUUGUCGGAUUCUAUUGUGGAUCUUUAUAAAGAAGUGGAUAAGUAUGAUGGUGUUCACAUUCAGUCACCUACAAAUCGUAAUGCAAAAGUUGACGUUCAAGAGUGGAUACAGGAAGAUACAAGUAAUGGAUUUGUUCAUGUGUUCAAAUCAGACACGGAUAGAAACCCGCGUAUGUUUCCUUGUACAUUAACUACAACUGCACAAAAAUUGUGUAUUCAGUGUGGAAUGCCACCAAACUCGUUGCAUGUGCAGUUUAAUGGUGAUAUAAUUCGUAGACUGGAUCAGUUUGAUAGUCCAUUAGCUAUACAGAAUGAGUACUUACAGAAUAUUGGAUAUACCGACCAAAGGAAGAUACAGGAUGUUGGUGCUAUGGAAGAUCUGGAAUAUCUAGUCAAAUUCUAUGCAGGCAAGCCAGUAUCAGAUAGUACAUACUCACGGAACCAACUAUCAACAUUUGCCUACGUCAGGAAAGGAAAGUUGUUAUAUCAAUGGGUCAGACGUCUUUGUGUGAUCACUGGAACCAGACUGUUGAUCUAUAGAGAUAAGACCAAGUCAGGAAGUCCUACCAUUGUACAGCUUGCUAAAGGUACGGUGGAGGAAGUGCAGUCUAUCAAAGGUCAUGAUCAUGUCUUGAAGUUGACCUCUACUCUUCAAGGUGAAAGGUCAGUGUAUUUGUCCUUCACUGAUGAGAAAGACUACAACAAGUGGCGGAGGAAAACAAAAAAGGCAACAGCAAAGCUUCCUACAAAAGCGGACCUGUCAAAUUGCCAUCUAGAGUUUCUGCCAGAGACGGUGUUCAUUAAUGACGAGUUGGAAAUCUUGAAUCUCCGUCACAAUGUUCUGAAGGAGAGACCAAUAGAGGAAGAUAUCUACACAAUAGGCUGGCUGGAUGACUUGCCAAGAUUUACACAUUUGCGGAGUUUGAAUCUGGCAGACAAUGACCUGCGGUGUUUUCCGAUGUCAGUGUGUAAAAUGAGAACGUUGACUGAACUAAACCUUGCAAGCAACAAGAUAGAAGACAUUCCACCCGAUAUUGUAGACCUUGAAAACCUUCAGAUGCUUCAUUUACACAACAAUCAUUUGAACUAUUUACCAGAUGAGAUGUGCCGCAUGCGUAACCUGCUUGUAAUAGUCCUCGCCUUCAAUCACUUUACCUCUGUCCCAAACGUCCUUCUUCAAACCCACGAGUCUUUGCUUAGAAUUGACAGUUUAAUAAUGGCGGGAAACAGGAUAGAAAAACUUUCACAAGAUGUUUUGAAUAAGAUUCAGCACAUUAAGAAAAUAGAUUUUCGACUGAAUAAGUUGACGUUGUCGCCGAGUGAAAUGGCAAAAUUUCAUUUGUUGGAGUUAGUGACUCAUUUAGAUGUGAGAGAUAAUGCUAUCACAGAUUUGGACGUUAGAUCGUUACGCAAACUGGAAUAUUUAAAUUGUGAACGGAACAAACUUCAUAGCCUGCAAGUCAGCGGAGGUGCCAUCAAAUUGUUGUUUGCCAUGCAAAAUGAGAUAUCAUCAAUUUCAAUCAGUCCAAAGCCAGAAUGGUUGACAACACUAGAUGUUUCAAAAAAUAAGUGUGAGAGUUUGCCAUCUUGGAUCAGUGACUGUUUCUUCCUGGUGCAAUUAAAUGCUAGUCAUAACCUUAUCAAGAAGUUACCGGACAAGUUGUUAGUAGAUACGCCAAAGCUACGGGUGCUAAAGUUAAGUCACAACCUGCUAACAGAGCUACCUAGUGAGGUCAAACACUCAGUGUUAGAAGACUUGAGCUUGGAACACAAUCAGUUAUCACACCUACCAAAGGAUCUGUUUGUCAACCUUCCAAAGCUUCGUUACAUCUGUUUGACUAAUAAUCUGCUAGAAACUGUCCCAGAGCCAAACCACAAUGUGUAUCAAAACAAGGUGCAAGAGCUUUACUUAUCAGCCAACAGGCUGGGUGAUGAUGUUAUACACAGAAUUACAUUGUUCCACAAAGUGAAGGUGCUACAUCUCGCAUACAAUCAGAUUACAGAAAUACAUGACAGAGACUUACGAAAGUUGGAGAAUAUUCAAGAAUUGAACAUAUCUGGCAACUUCUUGAGACACUUACCUAAAUGUGUAGGAAGGCAUUCAAAGCUGCAGGCAGUCAGAUGUAAUGCCAACCUAUUGAAAGAACUACCAGAUUUUAGAUACUCUCCAAAUCUGAAGGUACUGGAAGUGGGCUCCAAUCGUUUGAUGGAUGUUUCUGUGACCAGUCUAAUGGCCUCCAAUGUAAACUUACUGGAUAUAUCUGGUAACCCGGAGAUGCAGGUGUCCUCUGUCGAGCUGAAAGGAAUCAAAGACUUUUUGAUGCAAUAUCAAGGGACAAAGAAGAAGGUUUGCAUGGUGGACAUCAAGGGUCAAAACAGGUCUCUCCUUGACCUUCGUACUGCGGGGUUCGACGACCUAGAUAUACCAUGGCAGAGUGGACUGUCACAGACCUCUGGCAUGAGAAACAAAUUGUCUGUAAGCAUUGUAAACAGACCAAAGUUCAAUGAAGGACAGGAAGGUCUGUUUGCUCUCUUUGAUGGAGGUAGAAAUGACGAGGUGACACGGAUAUUAUCCAAUCGGAUUGUAGCUGUGAUGGAGGAGGAAUACAAACAUCCAGUGACAGGACCAGAAUAUCUGAAAUAUACACUGCUAGCGGCUCAUAGAAAACUGAAGUCUACAGGACAGAAGGUAGGAGCAGCUGGAGCAAUAUGUCACCUUCAUAAACACCCAUCAGGGAAUAGUCCAUAUGUACUGAAUGUUGCCAAUGUGGGAGAUGUGGAAGUAGUCAUCUGUAGGAGAGGAGAAGCAUCUGUACUCAGUAAACUGUUCAGUGUCUCAUCAAAUAAGGAGGAGAUGGAACGAAUAUGUAAAUCAGGAGGCAUUGUCACUGAGGAUAAUAAGAUCAAUGGAGUGACACAGAAUACAAGAUUAUUGGGUUCCAGCUACUUGUUUCCAUAUGUCGUCCCUGACCCUCAUGUUACCACGACAACUCUCCAACCCGACGACCAACUCAUCAUCAUCGCCAACCAAGGAUUAUGGAAAUAUAUGUCCUAUCAAGAAACUGUAAAUGAAAUCAUUGAUAUUCCUGAUCCAGUACUUGCAGCCAAGAAACUUCAAGAUCUAGCUCAAGGUUAUCUAUCACAAGAAAAUAUUGGUGUUUUAGUUAUUAGACUGAUGUUAUCACAGUCUGAAAGGAACAAAAUGAGACAAAUGUUGCAGACUCAGUUUGAAAAUGAACAGAAACUGCUGGCUGAGCUAAGAGUGAGAGAUAUUGAAAGAGAGGAACAGAGGAAGAGAGCAGAAUUAGAGGAACAAAAUGAUGGUGUUCCAAUGGAUAUUGUGAAGUUAAAAGGUGGGAAAAAGAGAAAACAAGUAGAUAGAGUAUUCAGCAAUGAUCCAAAUGAAAUAGAUGACAGUGCUGAUGAACAUGAUGGUGUCAAGGUAAGACCGUUGCCUAGAUACCAUCAUCGAGACAAAGAGGAUCCAGCAACAAACUGGGAGCUGAUGUUGCAGAAAAGACUUACAGAGGAGGUCAAGGAUAAAGAACUAAUCCAUGCAAUGCGUGUGCAAGAGUACGAUCCUUACUUUCCAGCUGUUGACUCUGAUGAAAACUGGUCAGCAACAACUAAAUUAAAGGGCCAAGUCAAAGAGAGAACAGUAACUUUACCACCAAAGGAUGAUUUUGGAAAUUUUAUGACAUCUCCAUCCCAGACUCACCCUCCUGCACCUCACUUACCAAGAAGACAGAUUAUUCCAGAAGCAUCUCAAAUUUCUACAGAAUCUUUGGAAUUUAAAAGAGAAUUGAAACAUCCAUUGAAUGUAGACAGAGAUGCAAUAUUAUUCCAUAAUAUGCAGCUUUCAAGGCAUAAGAGUCACAAUAUGAGUUCAAACAGUAUAGACUCAAUACAGUCAGACCCUGCUUAUGCAUCUGUGAAAGAAAUGAUGAAAGACAAGAAAUCCUCUUCUCACAGUAUUGAAGUAUUACUCCAUGGACCUACAGCUCAACAUGCAAAAACUGAAACAUUUGGUGGAUCUCAUAAACUUCCAAAGCAAGAAUCAGAGUUACCAAACAGAAACUCUCAGGUGGACUCUUGUCCUACUGAUAUGAAUGACAGGUUGAAAAUGCUAGAGCAGAAAGGUUUCUUACCAAAGGAAAAUGAAAAUGGCAGUAAGACAAAGGAGAAAGACGUUGAUAGAAGACUUACUGCUGAAGAUAUAGAAAGAAACUUUGGCCAGAGCAAUGAAUCAUGUGAUAGUACUAACACAAUAAUAGAUGUAAAUGACAUUGAAAACACUGAAAGAAAGGAUAUCUUAGAUGAAAAUGAUACUGAAUUUAUAUCAGACUAUGAGACAAUAGUAGAUAUAACUGCAAAACAUAAGCAUGACACAGAUGAGGAAGGUGAAAUUAUGAUAAUGGGUGAGAUAUAUAGUGCUAAUGGACAUGAUAGUGGAAUAAGAGAUACUGAACAUUUAAACUGGUGGAAUGGUAGAAAGAGUAAUAGUGCUGAGGGGUUGCCAGAGAAGGAAAGAGACAAAGAUGAAGAUUUGACUGAAUUGUAUGCAACAGUUAGAAAAGUGAAAAAGCAAAACAAUGAGAAGAAUGUUGUUGAUGAAGAUAUUCAGGUAAAGAAUGCUUCUUUAAAGAAAUCUGAAUAUGAAGCAGAUGAAGUCAACCAAACUAGAGAUAUAUUGGUGGAUCGACUGUGUGACAAUAUUUCAAAAGAUACCACUGAAGACAGAUCCGAAACUGAAGAGAAAAAGGUAGUUACUGUGAAACCCUAUGGUAACAUGAGAACACCGCCCCCAGUUCCAAAGAAGAAUUUGAUAGGAGAGACAGAAGAAUCCGGUGAUAGUGUUACAGAGGUAUGUCCAGAGAGUAAAUCACCAAGUGCUGUAAAGAAAACAGCUCCUAAAGUAAACGGAUUGCAAAGAAAUUCCCCAGAAAUAAGACAUAAAGAUGUCUCAUAUGUUAAUCGAUACCAGUUAAAAGCAAAUUUUGUACAACAACAACGUCAAAAAUUUGCAAAGUCGCCUUUAACAGUUACAGAUGUUGAUGCAGAUGAAAAUAGGCCAACGAAAGUUGAUCAUGUUGAACAUAGAGUGAAAAACUCCAAAUCACCUAUGCCUUUUAAGAAUACAAAUGAAGAGAAACAAACUUCAAAUGAUUCAAAUGACCAUGUCAAAAGUGAUAUUGGCCAUUCUACAAAAACUAAGAGAGCACCUGCUCCAGACAGUAAGGUUGAAGCAAACCACUUUUCAACAGAUGAUGAUCAUUUAACAUCUGAACAUAAAAAGCGCCCACCUCCCCCAGUGCCUCCAAGGGUCCCAAUAAAACACCCUCCCAUGCAUGAGCCAGACAUCAACUCUAAUUCAAUCAAAAGUCUGGAAGAUUUGAUAGCAUACAACAGGCUCCAGCAGCAGAAAGUCAGCUACAAAGGCACAGCAAAAGUGGCUCCACCCCCUCCGCCUAAAGUGCCAGAAACUUCCAUGGUGACCAAAACUUCCAGUCAAAGAAGCAUUAUAAUAACCUACUUGUAGUGAAAAGCCCGGUGACUCCUGUUAAUAGUUCUGCUAUUCAGGGGCAUUAACUUUUGCAUUUUAACAUCUAUUAAUCAAAUGGUUCAUUGGCAUUUCUUAGGUAUGGAAAUACCUCAGAUAGAUUUAACAUAUAGUUUUUGAUAUGAUAUUUUCAAAGGUCAUAUAUUUGUUAAAUUUAUCUUUGGAGUGCAGGUCUGAUUACACUUUUGACUUGAAGUUGUCAUUAUAUUGAAUGUGUGCAAAAUAGACCAAACUUUUUUUAGAUAUGAAUUACUCUGAUACCAAACUAUGCAUAGGGUUUGCACAUGCAGCAUUGAAAACUUGUUUCGAAAUUUAUAUUGUUUUAAAGUUUACUAUGGACAUAAAAUUUUGUAAAGAAAUUAAUAAAAUUUAUAGAAAAAAAAGAGAAUUAUACAGGUUUCAGAAUUUUUACAUAGUUUUUAACUUCAAAUCUAUUGAAGAUAUUAUGUUAAAUUGCCUCCCCUUCAAAAAUGAAUUUAUUUAAAAUGAGCUUGAUAAAGAUUAUUUUAAACAAUACUGCAGGAUGGUAGAUCUAGUGUUAUUCAAAAUGUUUUCCUAAUUUGAAACUGAUUUAACAGGAUAUUAAGUUAUAUAUGUAUGUGAAAUGUAAAUAAUUUAUUUGUACAAAAAAUCUUUAAACAGCUGUUUAUACAAGUCUUUAAAAUAUGUAUUUUUCCUAAAUGUUUUAAGAAAUGUAUAGUUUUUGAUAAUUGUGUGCUGGCACACAUAAUGCUUUUAUUUCAUGUCAUUUUACUGAUACUGUCUUUUAUGUUGUGUGCUUGUAAUCAGUGGUAAUGUUGUAGAAUUUUAUAUAUACUUUGUACUUUGAUGUGUCUCGCGUUUUGUUUCAUUAACGUGUAUAUUAUUGUUCGGUUGAUAAUGUUGGAUUACUUGUGAUUUCGGUAAGAGUAUUUGAAACAGUUUACUUUCUUAUAUGAUUGCUGAUGCUUCAAAGACUUGGCUGUUUUCCUUUCUUGUUCAUUUUGUAGAAAUGUAACUUAUUAUGUAACUGUUAGUAAAGAAAGCCUUUGUAAAUUCACAGGUGUGUUACAAACAAAUGAUGCCUAAAUUUUUCCUGUUGAUAGAUACAAUUUUCAAUUAUUUUCCAAAACAGAAUGGAUAUGAUAAGAUAAAUUCAUGAAAUAAUUAUUUAAAGGUGAAAUUGACAAAAAUUUAAAGGAUUUUUCAGAAAUAAAUGAGUUUGGUUUAUUCUAAGUCUUUUAGAAUACAAAUUCAUUCAAAUUUUACAGAGAUCUUAUUUGUUUUUGGAGCUUGAAAAAAAAAAGAUCAUACUUUCAGAGAAUAUUAGUUUUCUGAUUUCAAUUUACUGGUUAUUUUCAUAUUUUUAUAGAGACUUUAUUCUACAAUAUUGUAUACGACUAGGUACAAACUUUUAACAGACCAUUUCAAGUGUAACAUUACUCGGAAUUCAUGACUACAUAAGUUGAAAUAAGAAUAAUUACAAUGAUAUGUUUGACUUAUGGUUCAGAAUUUUAUUGUAACAUUGCAGUUGACCUCAGCCCCACAUCCCGCUGGGUUCAGUAAUAUACAACACAUGAAAAAUUUGCAAUGCCAGUCAAUUUUGUUUGCCUGAUGUCAUUUUAUGAUUACUAUUUUGUACCACACGUCAGACAGGUGAUAUUAUAAGCUCAAUUCUGUGUAACUUUUUAUCGUUUUUGUACCCCAGAACAACAAAGUUGUAUGGGGGGUAUACUGGUUUCACUGGUUGCCUGUCUGUCCAUAGACAUAGUCUUGUAUGCACUCAUCUGUAUCAUGUAUCAUCUCUCCUCAUCCUCUUGGCACAAUUUAAUGAAACUUCACCAAGUGAUCAGUAACAACAGUAUUUGUGCAUGGGGAAUGUAAGGUUCUUUCAGAAAAAUGUUUUGUAGAGUUACGGGAUUUUGUUUUUGUUACUAUACUAUAUACAAAGACACAAUCUUGUACGCAUUAUCUCUCCUUAUCCCAUUGACACAAUUUAAUGAAACUUUACAUAAGUGCUUAGUAAAACAGUAAUUAUGUAUGGUGCAUUUUAGAUUCUUUCAGAAAAAAAAUUGCAGAGUUACGGGACUUUGAUUUUGUUGCGAUACUAUAUGCAUAGAGUCUGCAUAUUCAGUCUUGUGCGCUCCUAAUCUCCUGAACCCAUGCACACAAUUUAAUGAAAUUUCACCCAUGUGUUCGGUAACAAUAGCAGUUGUGCACGGUGUAUGUUAGGUUCUUUCAGAAAAAAAGAUUUGCAGAGUUACGGGACUUUGAUUUUUGUAAUAUACUAUACUAUAAACAUAGAGUCUGCAUAUGCGAUCUUGUGCCUGAACCCAUGCACACAAUUUAAUAAAACUUAAUACAAGUGAACAAAAGUUACCCAAGUUGUGCAUGGUGCAUGUUAGUUUUUUUUUUUUUAAAUUUGCACAGUUAUAGGACUUUCUUUUUUGUUAACAUACUAUAUACAUAUAAUCUGCAUAUGCAGUCUUUUGCAUGCCUUAUCUUCCAAACCCUUGCACACAAUUUAAUGAAACUUGACACAAGUGAUCAGUACCACGUUCUUUUAGAUAAAUAUUCUGCAGAGUUCACAUAGAUAUGCAAUCUUGUGUGUGUCAAAUUGCAAUUUACUCUGUCAGUGUGUACGUGGGGGGAGUGGUACAUUCGUCACCUUCAGUGAUAGCUCUAGUUAAUUUUGAUGUAAAUAUUUUAAAACUAUUACAUCGUAAUUGUAAAUUCAUGCAUGUUGAUGAGAAUAUAUUUGAUAGUCCCACUUUAAAUGUGCCUUCUGUGUUUCUAUGUAUAUCAGUGUUUAUAUGAACAAAACGUCUGUUAUUAAGAGAGUUGUGCAAUAUAUAAUAAAAAAGAUGUAUCACUUAA